CACGCACGGACAAGAUGGCGCUGGUUUUGGAAGGAGAGGAGCUGUUACCGUGAGGAAUCGGCUUGAUGUCACCAUGCCUUGGGUGGCUACUGUUUCUUUGCUCGCCAUGGUCACUACGGUGAUAUGAAUCCAGUGUGACACUGAGAGACACACAGACACAAAUUCAGAAGGUCAUUUAUAAGGAGCACAGCCAGCCCGCUCGGCAGGCCGGCUUGUGUAAUGGACAGGUGUAAGCAUGUGGGGCGGCUGCGGCUGGCCCCAGAUCACUCCAUCCUCAACCCCCAGAAGUGGCACUGCGUGGACUGCAACACCACAGAGUCUGUUUGGGCUUGUCUAGGAUGUGCCCAUGUGGCAUGCGGGCGCUACAUUGAGGAACAUGCUCUACAGCACUUUGAGCAGCAGCACCACCCACUGGCCCUGGAGGUUAAUGAACUCUACGUUUUUUGCUACUUGUGCGAUGACUAUGUCUUGAAUGACAAUGCCACUGGUGACCUGAAGCUGCUUCGUAGUACGCUCAGCGCCAUCCAGAGCCAACGUUAUGAAGUCACCACUCGUAGUGGUCGCACUCUCCGCUCUGCCAGCACGGCCCCUGAUGCCCUCAUGCCAUCUGGGUCCCGCGAGCUGCAGCUGAGGGAUGAGGACAGGAUGUUCACUGCCCUUUGGCACCGCCGCAGAGCACUUAUGGGACGCAUCUUUCGAAUCUGGUUUGGAGUGACUGAAUGUGGAAAGAAGAGGGAGGAGGAAGAGAGAAAGCGUGAGGAGGAAGAGGAGCAGAAAAGGGAGGCAAGGGAACGGCGGCGAGCUCUAAAGCGGCAGCAGCGGGAGGAAGAGGAGAGCGCCCCUCUCAGGAAGAGUCGACGUUUGCGGCAGAAGACCCAGAGAGAUUCAGACACAGCAGUUACUUCAGCUUCUCACAGGACACGUAAAAAGGCAAAAACUUCUAUGCCAUCUCCCCUCAUCCAAAAGCCAAGGACUAGAAGCCCUGCCGGUACCACCCCUAGAAAAAACAGACAACAGAAGGGGGGCCGGCCAACUCCCAAAUUCUGUAGCCAAACUUCCACCACCAAAUCUCAACUUAGAACUUCUUCAGUGGCCUCUCGCAAGACUCAAACACCUGUUCGCCGGAAGCAGAGUAGCAAAGACAGUGGCUCUCCCUUCAAGCGACGUCCAACUGUCACUCCUGGAGUGACGGGCCUGAGGAAUUUGGGUAACACCUGCUAUAUGAACUCCAUCCUGCAAGUACUGAGCCACCUGCACAUCUUCAGGGAGUGCUUUCUGCGCCUGGAUCUGGCACAGGCACUGGAACUACUUGCCUCUGCUGUCCAUGGCCAACUAACAGGAAGAGCUUCGGCCCAGUUCUCCCUGACCCAAAGGAAAGGAUUACAAGCCAGCAUUGGCUCUGGACCAGGGCUGAGCGGCGGGGCCUCACGGGCAAGCAGCAUGGAGCUGAUACAACCCAAAGAGCCGAGCUCAAAGCACAUCUCUCUCUGUCAAGAGUUGCACACCUUGUUCCAGGUUAUGUGGUCUGGCAAGUGGGCGCUGGUAUCGCCUUUUGCCAUGCUCCAUUCAGUGUGGCAGCUGAUCCCAGCGUUCCGGGGCUAUGCUCAGCAGGAUGCUCAGGAGUUCCUGUGCGAGCUCCUCGACAAGGUGCAGCAUGAACUGGAGAACACCGGUCAGCACACGAACACAGCAGGAGUCCCGCAAAAACGACUCAUCAAGCAGGUGCUCAGCGUGGUCAACACCAUCUUUCACGGCCAGCUCCUCAGCCAGGUGACGUGCCUAGCGUGCCACCAUCGCUCCAACACUGUGGAGUCUUUCUGGGAUCUGUCUCUGGAGUUUCCUGAACGGUAUCACAGUAACAGCAGGGAGUCGACCUCACAGGCUUCAUGCCAUCUGACAGAGAUGUUGGCCAAGUUCACAGAGACUGAAGCCCUGGAGGGAAACAUCUACGCCUGCACCCAGUGUAACUCUGCACGUCGGCGGACCUCUUCCAAACCGCUAAUCCUGACUGAAGCACAGAAACUGCUGAUGGUUCACAAGCUGCCUCAGGUGCUGCGACUUCACCUGAAACGGUUCAGGUGGUCUGGGAGGAACCACCGGGAGAAGAUUGGUGUUCACGUCAGCUUUGACCAGCUCCUCAACAUGGAGCCGUACUCCUGCCGAGAGCCUUCACCGAAAGGCGGAUCCUGCACCAGUCCCGGCUCACCGCGGCCUAAGCACUUCUUGUACGAACUUUCUGCUGUUGUGAUGCAUCAUGGGAAGGGGUUUGGCUCUGGUCACUACACUGCCUACUGCUACAACACAGAAGGAGGAUUCUGGGUUCACUGUAAUGACUCUAAGCUGAAUGUGUGUUCUGUGGAGGAGGUCUGCCGUGCACAAGCGUACAUCCUCUUCUACACACAGUGCGUAUCUUAGGACAAAGACUAACUGCUAUAGGACCCGCCUCCUUUGCUGCAGCGUGAUGACAUCAGCACAGCCCCACUUUUUUUUUUUUUUUUUAUGUUCCUGGAAGACAGCUCUUGUGAGUAUAUUUUUCUAAAUGAGAAAAAAAAAACCAAGACCUUGUUUUUAAUACGGUUUUGCAUUACGAGCUCAUUGUAUAAGGUGUUUAUAUGUAGUAAUUUGUUUGUUUAAUGUUUGAUCUGUGUAAAGUUAUUUUAUAUAAAGUAUAAGCCAGCAGAUUUUCGGCUGCGAGGCGACAGCGUGCCGGCCUUCCUGUUUAGCAAUUUGAUUGUAAAUGCUUUUCUUUUAAAUCAGUUGAAAUGUUUCUCCGUCACUUUACAGUCCACUCAGAACUGGACACAAGGUUGUAAAAUGUCAUUUAUGAUCGCCUCUGCUCUCAACAACACAAUCCAUGAAGUGACCUGAGCAAAGGCUUCUUUUGCACAUCGGAUAUUUUUGUCUGGAAAAGCAGUUUGAUUUGAUCAGUGAUACUGUCUGGGGGGGGAUAAGUUUUUUUUUUUUUUUUAUUCCAGCCUCUUUUUUAUCUGCAGUAUAAUUAACUUUUAUGAGAAAUCUCUUCUCUUGAACACAGCUCAUCUUUUUGUAAAUGAACAGAGCAGUGCUGCUGACAUCUCAGAUGUCACCACAGCAAGUGUUUUAAUUCUCAAUAAGUUGUCUCGAAGACAUGAGUUCAGUCAUUUAGCCCUAUAAGCUAAAGUUGGCCUCACACAUUAAGACCACACACUGCUGAAGACAACCAACUGGUUUGCCUACUGACAGCUCUUCAGAGGAAGUAGAAGAAGAAAAAGAAUGCAGAGUGUAUGAAGGGAAAAAAACUGAGUUUCAUGUGCUCGGCCGCUGGAACAAGAUAUUUGGCAUUUGAUAAAUAGGAUUUGUGUGUGAGAAACUUUGCUUUGCUCGUGUCACUUCAGCGGCUCAGGUGCACAGACAGUAACGUUCUGGUAGUUAUGUGUCAGUCCAACCAGAAGUGCACUCGUGAAGAUCUGUAUGUUUGUGUGUGAACACUGCCAGCUCUGUGCUCCAGAACGGUUAAACAUUCCCCAACAGAUGCUAGUGGACUGGAAAAGUGCCCUUUAAAAAAAAAAAAUAGUUAUUUUCAUUCAGAAACCUGCUGCAGAUUCAGACCAGCAUUUACAUUAUGAAUGUAUUAUUAUACAUUGAUACUUUUUAAUAAACUGUCCAAGCAGCUGAUUUUUUACCGAUUGUUUAAACGUCACCAGCAGCCUGUUCUGUCCACGUGCGACUGUUCACAUUCUGUACAUUUGAUUUGUGCAGGUUGUACAGAUUUAUCUACAUACUUGAAAAUAAAUGCUGAAUUCACAUGUUGAGAGAAUUUGGCAGCUGCGUGUAAACUUUUGCAGUUAUCACAAUUUAAAAUGUAUUAGUGUAACUUCUACCAUACAUUAAAAACAAAACUUCUCACUCACAUUCAGCAGUUUUCCAUUGUCCUGAACAUUUUUAACAAAUUCUGCUGCACACCAACAUGUGAAUGCAGUUUUUAGAUUUAAAUCAUGUUCUCCCAAGUUUUAAAUGUGAGAGGCUCUUAGAAUGUCUGUCAUCUUCAGUGUUGUUUAGUUUUACUCCUUCAUGGAUGUGUGUAAAUUUGUGGAAGUUGUACUAUGCAAAUUGUUACCUCAAUUGUUCUAGAGAAAAUUACCUCAAUAAAUGAGAAUAUUUUUUCAUUUUUCUAGAAAGUAAA